GGGUCCUCCUUUUCAAUAUUAAGUUUCCAAGAGGGAAAGCUCGGAAAGGAAGUGGGCUUCAGGACACCAAUGAAUGUCGGAGACAGCUUCUUGGCAUCAGCUACAGCCCAGAUGUACCAUAGAUUCAGCUCGAGACCCGAGGGUUACCAUGUUAGAGUCGAUACUGAGGUUUCCUCGCCUCGCAAAGAAAGGGGACCGCUGCUGAUAUUCAAAAUUGGACCGAUAGCUCACAUUACGCCACACUGAUGAUGUGGAGGU